AGUCAUAUCGCUGUUGUGGCCAGUGAAAAGGGUUUUGGGAGGAUUUCGUGGACAAUGAAAAAAUGGAUUGUCUUACUCGGCGGGGCUAUGUUCUGUGUCUUUUUCAUUUCUAUGUAUAUGGUGGUGGAUCAACUAGGAAGACUGCCAAGUUCACACGAAAUUUUCAAAAAUGAGGUUACAAAGCAAAUAAAAGAACCUUUGGAUUUUCUGGAGAAAGAUUUGAAUAAACUGCAAGUAGACUUAUUGAGAUCUGGUAAAAUAAUUGAUGGUUUGCAGAAUGCUGUUGAUCAAUUGAGAUUUAAUGGUCGAGAACCACCUACUGAAAAGACACAGGAUUUGUCACCAGUAAGAAGACCUGCAGUGCCUGCCAGUGACAUGGAUGACGGCUGUAUAUUCUCUGGUUCAGCAUCAGGAAAAUCAGCCAAUGUGAAGAUGUUAGACAUGUUUGAUGUGAUGCCAUUUGAUAACAUUGAUGGCGGUGCAUGGAAGCAAGGUUGGAAUGUGCAAUAUGAUGACACAGCAUUUGACAAGGAGCCUUUAAAUGUGUUUGUUGUACCUCACUCACAUAAUGAUCCAGGCUGGAUCAAGACUUUAGAUCAGUACUACACACAGCAAACCCGACAUAUUCUUGAUAAUGUUGUUGAUGCACUUGCAGUAGAUAAAAAGCGCAAGUUUAUUUGGGCAGAGAUGUCAUAUUUGUCAAUGUGGUGGAAGGAAGCUGAUGAGAAAAGGAAAAAGCUUGCUUUAGAACAGUUAACCAACGGCCAGUUGGAGAUUGUAACAGGAGGAUGGGUGAUGAAUGAUGAGGCAAACACUCAUUAUUAUGCCAUGCUGGAUCAGAUGAUUGAGGGGCAUCAGUGGAUUGAAAAAAAUCUUGGUUCAGGAAUUAAGCCGAUGUCUGGCUGGGCCAUUGAUCCCUUUGGACACACACCCACAAUGGCUUAUCUUCUGAGACGCAUGGGUUUCCAUUCUAUGUUGAUUCAAAGGACGCAUUAUCAGGUGAAAAAGCAUCUUGGGAAGGAGAAAAAUCUUGAGUUUAUGUGGCGACAGAACUGGGAUCAUGGAUCAUCAACUGACAUGUUUUGCCACAUGAUGCCAUUUUACAGUUAUGAUGUUCCUCACACUUGUGGUCCAGAUCCAAAGAUUUGCUGCCAGUUUGAUUUCCGUCGUCUGCAAGGUGGUGGUAUAAGCUGCCCAUGGAGAGUUCCACCUGUGAGAAUUGACGAUUACAAUGUUGCAUCAAGAGCCAAAUUAUUGUUAGAUCAGUACAAGAAGAAAGCUCAGCUGUACAGAAGUAAUGUGUUGUUUGUACCUUUGGGAGAUGAUUUUCGAUAUGAGACAACAUUUGAGACUCACGAGCAGUAUACCAACUAUCAGAAACUUAUGGACCAUAUCAAUUCUCAUCCAGAACUGAAGGCAACGGUACAAUUUGGGACUUUGAGUGACUAUUUCAAUGCACUAUGGAAAACCACAGGUACUGAGCCUGGAGGCCAACCAAAGGGGUUCCCAGCUUUGAGUGGUGACUUCUACACUUAUGCAGACAGGGAUGAUCACUAUUGGAGUGGAUAUUAUACAUCCAGACCAUUCUACAAGAAUAUGGACAGGGCACUGGAAACACAACACAGGGCUGCUGAAAUAAUAUUCUCAGUGGCAGAGUCCCAUGCUCGCCACCAUGGAAGUUCCAGCUUCGCUGUGGAGCAGCUCUAUGGUCUUCUCACUAAUGCACGUAGAAACCUGGGCGUAUUUCAACAUCAUGAUGGUAUCACUGGAACAGCAAAGGACUUUGUAGUUGUUGAUUAUGCCACAAGGAUGCUCCAAUCUUUGAAUGACAUGCAGCGAGUGAUACAGGACUCUGCCCACUUUUUGUUGACAUCAGACAAAUCGCACUACAGGACACCAGAUAAAGUGUUACCGCCCCUUAAGUUUGGUGAAUCCAGACAAGCUCAAGAUUCUAUGCCAACUAAAGAGGUGCUAACUUUGUCCAAUACACCAAGGGCUUUAGUAUUUUACAAUUCCCUGACUACAGAAAGAGAGCAGUUAGUCAGCCUUCACAUCUCGGACCCAGCUGCCAUGGUUAGUGACAGUCAAGGAAAGGAAGUUCCAAGUCAGGUGAACUUAUGGUGGGAUCACAGAGACAGAAUUUCAGCUGCUAAAUACGAACUCGUGUUUGUCGCCAAAGUUGCCCCUCUGGGUGUGACCACGUACUUUGUGUCAUCAGGCCUCGGAGCAAAACAGAGUGAAUACUCCAGUAUCACAGAAUAUAACACAAACAGAAAUCCUGAAAAACCAAGGAAGGAAUUUGCGCAUCAAGUGAGGGAACCUGGUUCAGAAAGCAUCUUCUUGGAAAAUGACAAUCUUAAAGUUGAAUUUGAUAGUCUUCGAGGUUUGUUGAAGAGCAUUACACAUAAGCAAGACGGAUCAGUAACCAAUGUUGCCAUUGAUUUUGUGUCGUAUGGCACCACAGCGAGCAGGGAUAGGAGUGGAGCGUAUCUGUUUCUCCCUGACGGGCCUGCUCAGGCUCAUGGCCUUGGAGAGCAGGUUACAGUGUAUGUAAGCAAAGGCAAGUUGAUGCAAGAAGUACGUGUUGCUCUUCCCAAUGUGGUGCAUGUAGUCAGACUGUACUCACUAUCAGGACCUGAAGGACUAACUCUGGAUAUCCAGAACAAAGUAGACAUACGAAAUCAAAUGAACAAGGAAUUGGUGAUGAGAAUAAAAAGCGGUAUUCGGAACGCUGGCCGAGAAUAUUACACUGAUCUUAACGGAUUUCAGAUGCAAAAGCGCAAAACACUUGACAAGAUUCCUAUCCAAGCCAACUUUUACCCUCUCCCUUCCAUGGCUUUCCUUCAAGAUAAAUCGACGCGUUUGACACUUCUGUCAGCUCAGUCCAAUGGAGUAGCCGGUCUACACGAAGGUGAACUUCAAGUGGUUCUUGAUCGCCGUUUGUACCAGGAUGAUAACAGAGGCUUGGGUCAGGGCGUGACUGACAACAAAGUUACCCCCGCUAACUUCAGGCUGGUUCUACAGCGAUUCAAAAGUCCACAUGAACCUGACGGUAUUCCACUUGCCUACCCCUCCCUCGUUAGUCACAGAUUGCUGCACCAUCUUAAUCACCCGCUGUUCACGUUAAUAACUCCAGCUCAGCCCGCUGACUCCGAGAACCUGCUGUCGGUUUUCGAAAGUUUACAGUCCAGUCUACCCAGUGAUGUCUUCAUGGUCACCUUGCGCUCAAUUGGAGAUAAACAGCGGCCUCGACCCAGUGGCGAGGCUUUGUUGGUACUUCACCGUCUAGGAUAUGAUUGUAAUUUUGAAUGCAAGUGCCUCACAACGACAAGUAAAGGACAGGUGAAGUUAAACCAUUUGUUCCAGGAUCUGUCGAUCGACAAACUCCAGUCGACUUCUCUGACGAUGUUACAUGACUACCAAGAAUUGGAUCCCAGCUCCCCUCUGAACGUAGAACCAAUGGAACUUUAUUCUUACAAGAUGAGACUCAAAUGAUGACAGUUUAUAUAUU